AUGACUAACGAAAAAGCAGCUGUGCCGCCAGCGGACGGUCUCCGGCAACGCAAUGUCACUGAGCCCGAGACCGAGCGGCCGGUUGAGACCGCCUCGAGACCGGAAACGAGGCAGAAUGAUCAGAACCACACCGUCGAAAUGCAGAACUACUUUAGCUCGUUCGUGAACAACUAUGGCAGGAUUCCACCGUAUCCCAAUUAUAACUUCAGUGAAAGGUACCUCCAGGCGCCCAACGAUCCAGCCAUGUUCGCAAAUCACAUGAUGAUGAUGCAGCAGGCGUAUUUGCAGUACAUGCAGCAGUAUGCUAAUAUGCGGCAGGCGGGCGAGCGCGAGGCGGAAGCCGUGCCGGAAGCCGCAGCGGCCGCGGCGCCGGCGGAGGCGCGCGAGGCGGCAGGGGAGGAGCUGGCGGCGCGCGACUGGCUGGACCACGUGUACGCGGCCUCGCGCCUCGCCAUCCUCUUCUCGCUCGUCUACCUGUACGGCAGCCCCGCGCGCCUGCUGCUCGUGCUGCUGCUGGCCAUCGCUGCAUACUUGCACCAAAUCGGUUUCUUCCGCGACUUACACGUUCCUCCAAAUAACACACCAGCUGAAGCCAACACAGAGGAAAGCGCGCCCACCCGUCAGUCUUUACUCACUUCAACCUGGAUAAUCGUAACAUCCUUUUUCGCAUCUCUCAUACCUGACACCAAUUAG